AUGCCAUUAAACACAAUAACCUUUACAUUAAACAAUCAAUGCAGUAACCAAAUUAUUUGGCCUGCUAUACAGGGCAGCCUGGAGGUUAAUGGAAAUACAAUUAAUGACCCGAUUCCUGCUGGCUUGGCUUUGGAACCAUUUAAAUCCUUUACAACUUCACCCUUUCCAGUACCCUGGUCAGGCAGAAUUUGGGCUCGUCAACACUGUAAGGGCGAUGGAACUAACUGUCGUUUAGGCGAUUGCGGGGCUUCUAGCUGUUGGGGCAAGUCAACCAAGGCUGUUACUCUGUUUGAGGUUACAGCAGAGCCAGAUAAACUAUGGUAUAAUCUAAGUCUUGUGGACGGUUAUACUAUGGGCAUAUCUGUAGUUCCGGACAAGAAGGGCUGUAAAGGCCUGACCUGUGAUGUGCCCCCAUUCUUAGGAGGCCAUGGACUCUCCAACACGCUCUGCCCCGCAACCAACCUCAAAUUGUCAAAUCCUGACGAACCCUUCAAGAGCCUGGACCAAGUUGAUGGUUGUCUUUCGGACUGCUCUCUUUAUGGCACAGACGAAUAUUGUUGUCAGAACUCGUGGAAUGAUCCGAAGAAGUGUCCUGCCAGCAGCACAUGGUUCAAAGAGGCAUGCCCUGAUGCAUAUAGCUACCCGUAUGAUGAUACAGCGUUAAAUAGCUGUGAACUGUCUGAUGUUACGAUUGUAUUUAGCUGUAAGAAGAAGUAG